GAGAUCAGAACAGUUCGACGUUCCACACUUUCAACCGGAAAAGUGACUGUAAACAAACUAGUUGAGAAGUAGUUUUCUCGCUGCGGCGUUUAAAAGUGUUUUUAACAUUUUCUGUUUUAUAAGAUAAGUAAGCGACUAGACAGAUUAACUGAUACGAUUUUUAUAAUUUCGAGUAGCUGCCGUCGCGGACGAUUGUAAACAUUUAGGGAGCUACUUGCUAGCGUUAGCUACAGAACGCGACUCUCGCUGCGAUAACAGUUUAGCAUUAUUUAGCUCCAAUGCCUCAAGAAGGAGAGGAGUCUCUUCCUCUGGUUCGUUCCCUGAACAGUCAGAUACCAGUUAAAGUGCUGUUUUUUAACCGUAGUCCCCGUGUCGUACGGCCUUUGUGGAUAAAUUACCAGGGAGAACCGCAUCCUUACGAUGACAUACAACCAGGGACGGGACGGAGGAUCCACACUUACGUCGGUCACCCGUGGAUGUUCAGAGAUGCAGAGACCGAUGACCCUCUCAAGGUCAACAGCAAAGAGCUGUUUCUUCCUAAGCCAGCAGGGGGUGGAAAUGUGACAUAUGCCAAUAUCAGUUUACCAGUUUACAGUCUCAAGGAUCGAGCUCUUCAGGUUACUCGGCGUCUUGUGCGACCAGAAGACUACAGGAGCUUGGAAAUAGCGUGGUGUCUCCACGAGGAACUUGAAGAUCGCCCGAGUGUUUUGAAAGAUCUCCAACGCAUAAACCAGCGAGUAGCCCAACAUCUGAAAGAGAACACACAAGGGCAGGAGAAGUGAUGAUUAAGGCAGAAUGGAUAUUUAUCACAUAAGGACAGAUGUUCUUGCACUUUCAGUGAACAUAAAGAACUUUAAAGAUGAAACACAGGACUUACUUCACAGCGGCUAUAAACACAUUUUUUGGAAAUCAGUUUCAGUUUGAUCUCCUGUCUGUUUGUCACAGUUGUUGAACAGAAGAAAAUGUGUUUUUUCCUUUUUAGUAAGAGUUAUAUGUAAUAUAAAUCCAUCUUCUGUAUGUAGCCACAUUAGAAUUCAGAGAUCUGUGUUGUUCAUAUUCUUAUUAGUAAUGCUUGAUAUGAGGUUAUCUUGCCAUACCUGCACAAUUCCCUUCAAAAACAGAUGCUGUGUUGUAUUCUAUUGUUGUAGCUGUUAAAUCUGUCAGAAAUAUUAGGUUAUUAGGAACAGGUGAGACUGUCAUAAAGGUUAACUUGCAGAUGAUUUCCAAUGUGGGGAAAAUACUGUGACUGAGGAGCUUAUCCUCUUGUUUUUGUCUUCUUUUUUGUCUUCUUUGUAAUAAUUUUCCUGAUGACACAUUGCUGCUGUAUCUAAAAGAGUUUUAUUUGUAUAUUGAAUAAAAUAUAUACAAGUUUUA